GCGUAUCCCGAACCUUCCAGACCCACGACCGGAGGUGAUCGUCCAGAGGGUCGCUGGGAUCUAUGCGCGGGAGAUCUCUGAGAACAUCUUGGCUAGCGUGCCGAAUCAGGGCCAGUUCAGGGCGCUGCUGCAGUUCGUGCGGCGGUGGGCCAGGCUGCGGGGCGUGUACGGCCAGGGCAGCUUCAUGGGCUUCCUCGGGGGGACGGCCUGGGCGAUAUGCUGCGCCCGCGCCUGCCAGACGAACUCCCACUUGGAGCUGCCGCAGCUCGUGGGCCGCUUCUUCCGCGCCGUCAGCCGCUGGGACUGGAAGCAGCCCGUGAGCCUCUCGGCGCCGGCCUCGCCGACGGCUGCCGCCCAGUCUGGCCCCCCGCCGCCGGCCUACGACGCCCUUGCGGCGCCGGGCGACGCGGCCAGCGGCGGCGGCGGGGGCAAAGUGCUCACGCUG